UCGAUUUUAUUUUUUCGGGUCCGGUCUAUGGGUUUUGAGAGGGUCUUCGUGGUUCUGUUCUACGCCUGACGCCUGUGAAUAUAUUAUAAUUAUAUUGUAUUGCAUUGAUGCACUGAAUCUUAAGAUCUGCAUACGCAUUAUUUGUGUUAUUGUGUUAUUAGCUAAAGUUUUCUAAAAUAUUUUAUUUUAAUUUAAUUUCAUUAAAUCAGCAGAACCCAUUGGCGGCUUGUUCAUAAACAGAGAUUAGUUUUCAUAGCAUUGUGUCAGAAGAGGAGAGCUUCAUUCCAAAAUGGGUUCUCUGUUUCGCAGCGAGGAAAUGACGCUUUGUCAGUUGUUUCUGCAAAGUGAGGCAGCCUAUGCCUGUGUCUCAGAAUUGGGUGAAUUGGGAUUAGUUCAAUUUAGAGAUCUAAAUCCUGAUGUUAAUGCUUUCCAACGUAAGUUUGUCAAUGAGGUGAGAAGAUGUGAUGAAAUGGAACGUAAGCUAAGAUAUCUCGAAAAGGAAAUAAAAAAGGAUGGCAUCCCCAUGUUAGACACAGGUGAAAGCCCUGAAGCUCCUCAGCCAAGAGAAAUGAUUGACCUGGAAGCCACUUUUGAGAAAUUGGAGAAUGAGUUGCGUGAAGUCAACCAGAAUGCAGAAGCCUUAAAACGUAAUUUUUUGGAAUUGACAGAAUUGAAACAUAUUCUGCGUAAAACCCAAGUUUUCUUUGACGAGGCGGUACCCACAAUAUCAUAUAAUACAACAUCCUAUAAAUCACGACGUUACCGACAGAUGGCCGAUAAUCAGAACGAAGAUGAACAAGCUCAGUUAUUGGGCGAGGAUGCCGGUGUUCGUGCCAGCCAACCAGGACAAAAUUUAAAAUUGGGCUUUGUUGCCGGUGUUAUUUCGCGUGAGAAAUUACCAGCAUUUGAACGUAUGUUGUGGCGCGCCUGUCGUGGCAAUGUUUUCUUGCGUCAAGCCAUGAUUGAGACGCCUUUGGAAGAUCCCUCAAAUGGUGACCAGGUGUAUAAGUCGGUGUUCAUCAUCUUCUUCCAAGGUGAUCAAUUGAAGACACGCGUUAAGAAGAUCUGUGAAGGUUUCCGUGCAACAUUGUAUCCCUGCCCGGAGGCUCCAGCCGAUCGUCGCGAAAUGGCCAUGGGCGUAAUGACGCGAAUUGAAGAUCUCAAUACGGUUUUGGGCCAGACACAGGAUCAUCGUCAUCGCGUUUUGGUGGCAGCAGCCAAAAAUCUGAAAAAUUGGUUUGUCAAAGUUCGCAAAAUAAAGGCGAUUUAUCACACAUUGAACCUUUUCAAUUUGGAUGUAACUCAAAAAUGUUUAAUUGCCGAGUGUUGGGUGCCCGUAUUGGAUAUCGAGACGAUUCAAUUGGCUUUGCGUCGUGGUACCGAGCGAUCGGGUUCUUCUGUACCGCCUAUUUUAAAUCGCAUGCAGACAUUUGAAAAUCCCCCAACCUACAAUCGCACCAAUAAAUUUACCAAAGCAUUUCAAGCCCUCAUCGAUGCUUAUGGUGUAGCCACGUAUCGUGAAAUGAAUCCGGCUCCUUACACCAUAAUAACUUUUCCCUUUUUGUUUGCUGUCAUGUUCGGCGAUUUAGGCCAUGGCGCUAUUAUGGCCCUGUUUGGACUCUGGAUGAUACGUAAGGAGAAGGGCUUGGCUGCCCAGAAGACCGAUAAUGAAAUUUGGAACAUAUUCUUUGGUGGUCGUUACAUUAUUUUCCUCAUGGGUGUAUUCUCCAUGUACACGGGUCUCAUCUACAAUGACAUAUUCUCCAAGUCGUUGAAUAUAUUCGGCUCCCAUUGGGAGGUGCACUACAACAAGUCAACUGUUUUGGAGAAUAAAUAUUUGCAAUUGAAUCCAGAGACAAGUGAUUACUCUGGCACUCCGUAUCCCUUUGGCAUGGAUCCAAUAUGGCAGGUCGCAGGAGCAAACAAGAUUAUAUUCCAAAAUGCUUAUAAAAUGAAGAUUUCCAUUAUCUUUGGUGUGAUUCAUAUGAUUUUUGGCGUCACCAUGUCUUAUCAUAACCAUACCUAUUUUAAGAAUCGUUUGUCCUUGAUCUUUGAGUUCAUUCCACAGCUGAUUUUCUUGUUGUUUUUGUUCUUCUAUAUGGUUUUAUUGAUGUUCAUUAAAUGGAAUCGUUAUGCAGCUACAAAUUCCCCACCCUAUUCGGCUUCUUGUGCUCCUUCAAUUUUGAUCACUUUUAUUGACAUGGUUUUGUUCAAUACACCCAAACCACCACCGACGGGAUGUGAAGUAUACAUGUUUGGUGGACAACACUUCUUUCAAGUUGUUUUCGUUCUCAUAGCCUUGGCCUGUAUUCCUGUGAUGCUUUUGGGCAAGCCAUUACAAAUUAUGAAGCAGCGCAAAAAUCCCAAUGUUCAACCAAUUACUGGCAGUGAUGCUGAAGUUGGCAUGUCAAAUGGUCAGCCCGCUGGACAGGGUGGUGCAGCGCAUCAUGAAGAAGAGGAAAUGUCGGAAAUAUUCAUUCACCAAGGCAUCCAUACUAUUGAAUAUGUUUUGGGCUCUGUUUCACAUACGGCAUCCUAUUUGCGUUUGUGGGCUUUGUCAUUGGCUCAUGCUCAACUUGCUGAAGUCUUGUGGAAUAUGGUGUUAUCUAUUGGUUUGAAACAACAAGGUUGGUUCGGUGGAGUCAUGUUGACCAUUGUAUUUGCUUUCUGGGCCAUAUUAACAGUUGGCAUUUUGGUGCUUAUGGAAGGUUUAUCAGCAUUUUUGCACACUUUACGUUUACAUUGGGUUGAAUUCCAAAGCAAAUUUUACCAAGGCCAAGGUUAUGCAUUCCAACCAUUCUCCUUCGAUGCCAUCAUUGAGAAUGGAGGCGCUAGCGGCUCUACUGAAAAUGAGUAAAUUUAUAGAAAAAAAACACCGACAAAUAUUAACCAAAUCUAAAGAAUAUACCUUAUAUAAUACGGCAUACAUAUAUAUAUACACACAUAUAUAUUAAAAUAUUUAAACAAUCUUUGAGUCUCAUAUAUAAUCUUCAAUCUAAAUUGUUCAAAGAAUUUAUUAAACAUAAUUAAAAGGGAAUUUAGUAGUUUAAUUCAAGUAAAGAUACGCAAACUCUUAAAUAUUACAAUGUUUAAUUCGUAAAAAAUAAAAUGAGUAAUAAUAUAGCAAAAACAUAAAAAUAUAUAUAUACAAAUAUGUAGACAUAUAGUAUUUAUCUCCAAAUAAAUUUAUUAUUAUAUUAUACUAUAAAACAAAAAUCAUCUACAUCCAUACAUUCUGAUAUUUCCUGUAUUGUUUGCUAACAAAAGUGAAAACAUAAAUGAAGAAGAACAACAACAAACUCAUUCGAAAUUCAACAACAUUAACAUCAACAUCAAAGUAAUGUUGAGCUUAAUUCAAUGAAUGAAAAUUGCAUAGCAUGAGAUUAUUAAGGGUAAAAAACAGAUUAUUGUUAAACUUACAAUAUUUUUAAGUAAACACAACAAAGAUAUAUAUAUAUAUAUAUACAUAUAAUAUUCCAAACUAAGCCCUAUACAAAUAUAUUAUAUAAACAAAUCUACACAAUAGAUAUGAUGAAAUAAAAUAACAUUUUCCAUUCUUAACAAAAAAUAUACAAUUAAAAAAAAAAACUAAAAAAUAAACAGAAGAUUUAAACCAUAUUCUUAAACUUAAUAUUGCAACACCCUAUAAAUAUUAUUUAAUCAACUAAAAAAUUCAUUUGUUUAAAAUUACUCUUAUCAAAAACAUAAAUAUACACAAACAUAUAUCUAUGGUAAUUGUUUAAUAUUUCAUGACAUUGCACGUAUAAGAAAUACUUGGAAAAGAACGUAGUAAAUGUUGCUUUUCAAAAUGCUUUAAUAAUCUUAAAAAAAAAAAAAUAACAAAAAACACCGAUAACAAUCUAAAUAAAAUUUAUUGUAGCUGGGAAUCUAAGCAAUUCCAUUAAAAGCACAA